UGAGAAAACACAUGGUCUGGUCUCUUAGACCUUUCAUCUUGCAUUGUGCGAAUGGCCCUAGUAAAAAAAUUUAUCAAUCAUUCAAGACAUUCUUAACUUUUGACUCAUUGCGAGAUAUCUUCUAGUAUAUCCCUUUCCUUUUCGUUAAUUACUUUCCGUUUCUACCCAAAAUUAAAUUAAAUUUUCUAAUAAUGAGUUUAAUUAGACUUUUUUAGUAUAACCCAUCACACUAUAACAAACAUCAGGAGUAAAAUACGGAUCCACGUGUCCAAUCGAAAAAAUCUCAACCAGUGUUUUUACCGACAAAUAAAUCACACUUUGAAUCCUAAAUAAUCAUCAUUUAUCUCAAUCGUGUUCCAUUCUGUGAUCCCAAAUCAAAGCGAGUUCGAAAAAUGUCGUAUUUUUCAAGGGGUGGUGGUGGAAACAAUGACGAAAGCGUUGAUGAUUUCGACGAAUACGAUCCAACACCAUACGGUGGAGGUUACGACAUUCACCUAACCUACGGUCGUCCAAUUCCACCCUCUGAAGAAACAUGUUACCCAUCAGGUUCAGCCGAUGAUGAUUUCGAUUACGAUCGUCCUCAAUUUUCGUCUCAAUCUGAACCUUCUGCUUAUGGCGAUGAAGCUCUUGCUACUGAGUAUAGUAGCUAUUCUCGACCUAAACCUAGACCUGCUCCUGCUGGUUUUAACCCUGGAUCUGCUGGUGGUUAUGGUGGUGGGAGAAAGCAGGGAUCUGGGUAUGGUGGUGGGAGGCAGGAAUCUGAAUUUGGAUCUGGGUAUGGUGAUGGGGCCCAGGAAUCUGAGUAUGGAUCUGGUUAUGGUGGUGGAAGAAAGCAAGAAUCUGGAUAUGGUAGAAAUGAUGAGGAAUCUGAAUUUGGGUCUGGUUAUGGUAGAAAGAAUGAGGGAUCUGAAUAUGGAUCUGGGUAUGGUGGGAGGAAGCAAGAAUAUGGGAGGAGUGAGGAGGAGAGUCAAGGUUAUGGGAGGAAGACUGAGUAUGAGAGUGGCGGAUCGGAAUAUGGAUCGGGGUAUGGUGGGAGGAAGAAGACUGGUUAUGGGGAGGAAGAGGGAUAUGGAGGAGGAAGGAGUGAGUAUGAAGCAAAACCUAGCUAUGGAAGGAGUGAUGAUGAGGAGAAACCGAGCUAUGGUUAUGAGCGUCCUGAGAGGCGUCGUGAUGAUGAUGAGGAGAAACCGAGCUAUGGUUAUGAGCGUCCUGAGAGGCGUCGUGAUGAUGAUGAUGAUGAUGAGAAACCCAGCUAUGGUCGCAAGAAAUAUGGAGGAGGUGAAGAUAACUCUGAUGAUAAUGAUGAUGAUGAUGGGAGGAAGAAGCAUCACCACAAGAGUCACCAUCGCAAGAGCUAUGAUGAUGACGACGAGUAAUCAGAAAGACCGAAGUUGUUGUGUGCGUGGAAGUCAUCCCAUAGUUACUUAUUAAAUAAAGGGUUGACACAUAUCAUACUUUCUUCUUUACAGUUUGAACUAUACUAUGAAUUCUUGAGCUUUCAGAACUAUUGUUCUAAACUAAAUGUAUUGUUGGUUUGGCUUUUGACUUGUUAUAAUAUCCCUAAUGUUUGAGUUGUUGUGUUA